AUGCCACUACCCGACAACACUGACCACAGCGAUUGGACAGUCAUUUAUAACGAUGAAGGCGGCAAAACGGAAGAUCAACUAUCUCACAAAAGACAAACUCUGGCAAGAACAUUGUCAAUCCCCAAGACUAUGUGCAUCUUUUCCGAAGCCAAAACCGAGAUAACAACAGUAGCUGAGCCACCAUCACCAAAACUGAAACUACCCCAACUGGGCAACGAUUCAGCCGAAAGAAUCUUCCCAGUUCGCUCAGCCCUUUCAUUUGAUUCGGCUCCCUCGUCCGCACUGCCAACCCUGGCUAUGGAGAAGCUCGAAACGCCAUUAUCACCAUUCUCGGAUUCAUGGACUGGCAACUUUGGAAACGAAAAGACCAGCUUUCAGCCGUCAAUUGCUGCUGUAAGAGAAAGCAGUGAGCGGGAGGUUUUCAAGGGGCAGGAUUUUUUGACCAGGCAGAAUCAAAAGAGCGAUUUCGUGACUGAGUACUCAUCAACAUCCAAGAAGCAAGACCGAGGAGACGACCAUUCGUUGGAUGAUCCGACUAUACCCCAUGCAAUCAGGGACGAUCUAGCAAGCGCCAAUAUCUUAAGACAAUUGCAUAAUACCAUGGAGAGUGGCGGCGACGUGCUUGGUGCUUACAGGCCGACCAAUGGGCUGCAAUAUUCUAAGCAAGACGAGGAAGCCAUCGCCAUCCAAUCUUUCGGCGCACUAAUUGUGCUGGAAGAGUUGAAUGACAAGUUUACGGUGCAAAUAGCCAGCAACAAUUCCUCCAAAGUCAUGGGAUAUUCACCAGAUGAUCUUUUUGAACUCGAUUCGUUUUGUGAUAUCUUGUCCACAUCACACGUUGAUACGUUUCUCGACCAUACCAGCUUUGUCUUGGAAGACGAGUAUGAAGUUGUGAAUCAUGGGCCAGAAAUCUUCUUGUUGACGCUUUUACCUCGUGAACCUCUCGGCCAAAAUAUGCGAUGUGAAAAGAUAUGGUGUACCAUGCAUACCAGCAAAGCAUAUAAGAACUAUGUUAUCUGUGAGCUUCAGCCUGCCAUGGCCUCUGGCUCGACUACGAAAGCAACCCAAAGAGUCCAACAGCCCGAGAGACAUUCACGCAUAUCGAAAACAAGCUGUACAGACCUUUCUCAUCUUGGGGGCUGUGACAACAUUGCAAUCCAAAAGGAUAAUUCUUACCCAGCGAGUUUCAAUGUCACAGAAUCCCCGGAGAUUCUCAACGCUAUUCCUCGCAUUCUGCAGCAGCUGGCCAAAUCUCAGACGAUAGAAUCACUCGUUCGGAAUACCGUUGCCACCUUGCAAAGUCUCACUGGGUUUUCACGAACAACUAUGAUUCAUUUCGAAGACGAGAUCAAAGGAACAGUACUUGCAGAUAGUAUUGACUCUUCACUGGAGCUGACCUCAUUUGAGGGUACCAAAUUUCCCGAGUCAUCGUUCCCUGAGCCGCUGCGUAAACGAUAUAUGCGCAACACGGCCUGUCUCUCUUAUGCCAGAACUAAGCAAUCUGCAGAGCUUGUCUACCGCGCCUCUACAAAUAAACACGCACUUGAUUUGUCACAUACCUAUCUCUCUGCAGCCCCGAAAUCCUCGAGGCCCAGUUCCGGUCCUUCUGUCGAAGCUUGUCUCUCAAUCACAAUCAAUGUUUCCGGCAAACUCUGGGGAUUGAUAUCAUGCCAAUCAUACGAGGCAAGCAGAACUUUGCAUCCGAUGGCUCAGAAGGUUUGCUGGUUCAUGGCGGAAGCAGUGGCAAACAACAUCCAGCGACUAUCCUCUACUCUUCCCAUUGUUCUGAAAGAGCUGCCGAUGUCUUGGGAUGAUCAAAACAAAGUCCAAACUGCCGAUUAUCCGUCAAGUGAUCUGCUCGGUUUAUUUGGCGCGGACUAUGCUGCGGCAUCAAUCAUGGGAGAAGGCAAGAUAUUAGGCAAACCGGUCGACUCUCAGGAGGUUCUGGCAGUGUUGGAAUACAUGAAAGUUAAAGAGAUUUCCACGGUUCUCUCGUCAACAAACAUUACCUCCGAUUUUCAGGAUUUGAACUACUACCGUGGAUUUCAUUGUAUAUCUGGUCUGUUGUAUGUUCCACUUUCGGCGGAUGGACAUGACUGCAUUAUAUUCUUUCGGGCCGAGGGUCGAAUUAUACCCAAUGGCUCUAAGAAUGAGACAACGUGGUCUACAUCAGAGUUCGAAAGAGCAUCCUCGCUGUCGUUGCUAUACCGAGCAUUUAGUGAGAUCUGGCAGGAGAAAGAGGCAGCUAUGCAGAACAAUCAACUGAUGCGACUACUGCUUGCCAACUCUGCGCAUGAGUUUAGAACACCUCUCAAUGCGAUUAUCAAUUACUUGGAGAUUGCUCUGGAUGGAUCCCUGGAUCAAGACACACGAGAUCACAUAUCCAGGUCUCACUCAGCGUCCAAGUCACUAGUCUAUAUCAUCAAUGAUCUGUUAGACCUGACGAAUGCUGAAAACGGACAACGCCUGAUCAAAGACGAGGCAUUCAAUCUAUCCGAGACUCUCACAGAGGCAACAGACAUUUUCUGGGAGGAAGCUCGACAAAAGCACGUCGACCUGCAGGUUGUCCAGCACGCAGCAUUGCCACCUGUUCUCGGAGACCAACGACGAGUCCGUCAGGUCAUCACCAACCUGAUCAGCAAUGCUAUUCAGCACACAGCAUCCGGAGCACUUACCAUCGAGUCAUGUGUCGUUCCUGAGAGCGUAGAUCUCGAUCAUAUUACAGUCGAGAUUGCAGUCCACGACACCGGGUCUGGUAUGUCCCAAGAGACCGUUGAAACAUUGUUCUGUGAACUAGAACAAGUCUCCAACAAGGGGUAUAUGAAGACACCAAAGUCAUACGGAUGCACAGCCAGCGGCACACCAGUAGAGACAGAAAGUGUGCUUGGACUCGGUCUCGCGCUCGUUGCUCGAAUCGUGCGCAAUAUGAACGGCCAACUCAGCUUACGAUCCGAAGAAGGAAAAGGAAGUUGUUUCAAGAUCCGACUCGAGUUCCCACUUCCAUCCGAAGAACGCGACAAUCAGGCUUCAUCUAUUGUUUCAGAUAAAUCCCAGCCCCGACAGAAGCAAGAAACCAAGAAAGAAACAUCCUCCUGCACAAACCGCCCGGAAGACGGAAUACCAUGCGAAUGCGGGAUCACACCCGAAUUCUCCAAAGGAGCAGUCCUCGAAGUCGACGCAAGCCUGAAAACAGGCGAAUCAAAGAAACUCUCGUUGCCACGCCCAAAGUCGGAAACAAGCAAUGCGCCGCACGAAGCACAUCGCAGGACAUCCCGUCUCCCAACGCCACCACAUUCCCCGAAGGGAUCAAGCCCGCCAGCCACCACGUCACCAGACGAACCCCAAAGCCUCAUUCAGAACACCUCCGCUAUGGAUGCCAGGCUGCAUGUCCUGGUCGCUGAGGAUGACCCGGUAAAUAGUACGAUCCUGCGAAAGCGUCUAGAGAAGCUCGGUUAUACAAUCGACAUGACAGCAAAUGGCAAGGAAUGUACCUCGGUCUACAAGAACAAUCCUGCGCUGUACAGUGCUAUUCUGAUGGACCUACAGAUGCCUAUUGUGGACGGCCUGAGCGCGACGAAGAUGAUUCGUGAACAUGAACAGCAGCUGGCUUCUUCUGGUCUGCCUGUGGCUCGGGUUCCCAUUUUUGCUGUGUCGGCUUCUCUUUUGGAGAAAGACCGAGACACGUAUGUUCAGUCUGGCUUUGAUGGGUGGUUUAUGAAGCCGAUUGAUUUCCAGCGCGUGAAUGUUUUGCUCCGGGGCGUGAGGGUGAAGUGUAUGCGCAACGAGUGUGUUUAUCGACCUGGCGUCUGGGAGCAAGGUGGUUGGUUCAAUGAGAUUUAA